GGGAAUACGCGUUCGGCGGACGCGCCGUCGGCGCCCCCGUAUUUGCCGACUCCAUGGCGGUAGACGUGCGGUGCGCUGCAACCGAGAGGAACGGGCGUCGCAUCACGUGUUGGCAUCGCCGUGCUUGCGUUGAUACGGACAGAGAUGGCGGAUAGACGCGCGGUGUCGCUGUUCGUCGCAGACGGCGGGGCGGACAUACAAUGUCUGCGAAGGAGAGGGAGGGGGCCGGUAUCGGAUCCUCGCAACGGCCGUCUCUUCGAGCUACGCGAACCGCAUCUGCCACACCGCCGCAUCGCAGCUGUGAAGCUGAGGAGGACGGCGAGCCAGAUCCCCCCCACGUCUGUCUCGUCGCUGUGCGCGCCCAGGGCCUUCCAGGGAUUUGGCAUCGAUACCCUGCUCCCUACGGUGGGUAGCCAGGCCACUACGAUAUUCGACCAGGGCGCUGCUCCAUCCCGCUUUCCAGCCGCCGCUCGUAUCCGGAAAUGGUGCAUGCACCCGCUGUCCGGCGUGCACUGGCCGUCCCCGUGUCGUCUUCGACCAUGUCCGUGCCACCGCUCCGGCGCACGAGCUGCGCGCCCGUUGCUUGACUCUGCCUUGAGGCGUCAGCGGACCGGGCACGUCGGUCGCGGAGAAAUAAUGUCUGUGCUCGCUUGUUCGUGUAACGGCGCUGUGUCCGCACACGUUUGGGCUGCAGGACGGGGGGAUGAGCGACGGCACACCCGAGGCAUCGACGGACGGACGUACGUUGUGCAAGGCCAUCGACGCGCGAGGUCGAGGUGGGUGAUUGUGGUAAGAUGAGUUAUGAGCGGAUGAGGGGAGGACACGAUGUGAGGGAGGAGGGGCAUCGCAAGAGGGUAUUUAUACGAUCCUCGAGGGCCAGCCCGCCACAUGAAUAAGCGGCGCGCGCCGCAUUGUGGACAACCAUGCC